UGGACAGAAGACACAAGUUCUUCAGUCUGGACACCAACAGUUUCACUGGUUCAGACACAAUGACACCAUGGAGAUAAUGACCUCCACAAUCCAGAAGAUAACGAAAAAAUGGCCAACGCGUGGAAACGAGCCAAAUCUCACAAAGACUGAAAGGUCGAAGGAGGUUGAAGUCCUGCCAGGAACUGAGGAACCCAGGACGAAGAGGACUUCCACGCAGGAUGAAGGGACAACCUCCAUCUUUUUCAGAACCAGCUACGUGGACUUUGUGACCAAAUACAAGUCAUUUUACAUGCUUGGACAAGGAGGUUUUGGUUCUGUCUUUGCUGGGAGAAGACUUGCUGACAAACUUCCAGUGGCGAUCAAACGCAUCCCACAAUCAUGCGUGAAGAUGCACCCAGUGAUUUUAAAUGAAAGGAGGUACAGGAUCCCCCUCGAGGUGCUGAUGAUGGUGAAAGCGGGUGGUGGACCAGAGUUGGUGGGUCAGUCUGCAGCUGUGUCCAUAUUAAACUGGUAUGAUCUGGAACAUGAGGUUGUUCUGGUCAUGGAGAGACCAGUCACCGCUGUGGACCUGUUACAGUAUCUCAAGAGCAAUGGUCCACUGGGUGAGGACAUGGCGAAGAUCAUCAUGAAGCAGCUGGUGGACGCAGCCAUCCAGAUGCAUGCAGCGCGAGUCUUCCACCGCGACAUCAAGGCCGAAAACAUCCUCAUCGAAAAUCGCAGCCAUGGCCCCCGAGUGAGAGUCAUCGAUUUUGGAUGUGCUCGCAUUUUCAGAGAUGUAAAAUCCUCUUACAGCGGCUUCUCAGGAACUCCUGCAUAUGCUCCUCCUGAGUUCUUCAGAGAUGGGACAUACAAGGCUGGACCCACCACCGUGUGGCAGUUGGCGGCGUUGCUCUAUGAAACGCUGGAAGGAUUCUCAAACUUCAGCACAGAAGCUUUCAUUCACCAGGAAAUCAGAGUCAGCUAUUGUCUGUCCAGACACUGCCAGGAAUUCCUGGAGAUGUGUUUGACUCUGGAGCCGGAGAAUCGAGCGACUCUGGAGCAAAUGAAGCGGCACCCGUGGCUCACCGACGCAGCUGCUACCUCCACGACCCCACCUCCAAACUGCUUCACCACCUGCUUCCCUUUGUAA